AUGUCAACAUCCACAAGCGAUGAUAUGGUUAGGGCUGUCUUUAAUGAGGUAAUUGAACUCAAAUCAUCAGUUUUGAGAUUGGAUGAACGGUUUGCUAUUCAAUUUUCACCUGCACCGAAUAAAGAAAAUGUAACCAAUUUUCACGCUUUCGCAACUGCAGUGGUCUCUCAAGGUAUUGAUUCGGUAGCCAAGGAAAGAGAGAUGUCCAGAGUUAAUGCCCAUCCGGAUUGUCUUGGUGCCCGAUGUAUCGUAGCUACCUUGCCAGGGGCAAGGAUAGGGUUCCAGCCAACGCGCACCAACAAAACACCUUGCGCUAACGCACGUAUUGAUGCAUUGAUUGUCUAUCUGUGGAAAAAGAAACACAGUAACUCUUCCGCAGAGAUCGGCCAUGCAAAUUUUGCCACCAGUUGGGGAAGUCUCUCACCUCAAGGGAGAACAUACUAUGCCUUGAGACUUGAAAGCGAUAUCUUCGAUUACGGUUAUCAGAUCUACAAGUGUAACAAGAAAUGGGCAGCUAAUCUACUCAUUCAGGACACAAUGAAGGGGCAACGUCAAAGUGAAAGACGAAGGUUUGGGGUUUUCCCCGUCGUAGAGGCUCCGGUAGAAGAACUUGAAGCACCAACUGAAGUUAGAAAUACCAAACGUAGAAAUGCUAUUGAUCUAUGGCAUGUUCUGCUAAAUGUUACACCAGCAUCACAAGCAGACUUAGGCACAACUGCACCUCACCCCAUGUUUUGGCCUUACGCUUUGACUAUUGAAUCCGCAGGAUCUCAUUUUCUGUUUAAAUAUCUUCAGGGGUGCAUAUGUAAUUUUGCACAUUUCCUAAAUUCCAUUCCAGGUUGA